AUGUGGAUUGUGGACAGGAAGAGCUAUUUUACAGGCCAUAUAGCAGCUUUAGGAGAGUUUAGAAACAAAUCUGUUAUUUACCAGCUGAUACUAGAUAAUAAUGAAUUAGCCUGGAAGAUUGGUUUUGCUUCGGUAGAAAAGAAUUCACCCUUAUGUGCAAUGCUGUUGUUGCUGCUGUGGCUACUGAUGUUAACACUGACGUUUCUUCCCCAAAUUGAGAGCAAGUCACAUCCAGCUACCUGCAGUGCGAACGAUCCCCUACAGAUCCCACAUGAGUAUUAUGAGCAAGGUGACCUCAUCAUUGGUGGUAUCUCUUCUCAGUUCUUCUCUUUCUUUAAUACUAUAACCUUUGAUGAACACCCCAAUGCAAUGUUUGUUGGAGAUUCUCUUGUAGUGACAAAAUACUACCAGUAUGUCCUGGCCUUCGUGUAUGCAGUUAAGGAGAUCAAUGAAGAUCCCAGGAUUUUACCAAAUGUAACAUUGGGAUUUCACAUCUAUGACAGCUACUUCAAUGAAAAGUUGACAUUUCAAACCACUCUGAACCUUCUUUUUAGCCAGAAAAGUGCAGUCCCCAACUACAAGUGUGGCACAAAGAACAAUCUGAUAGCUGCCGUUGGGGGACUUGAUGCUGAAACCACUCUUUACAUGGCCAUCAUCUUAGGCACCUAUAAGAUUCCUCAGGUCUCUUACUAUUUAUUUGGUCCUUCUCUGAGUUCGAAGAUCCAGUUCCCUUUCAUCUACCGGGUGGUCCCCAAUGAAGAGUAUCAGUACAUUGGAAUCAUUCAAUUACUUUUGCAUUUUGAGUGGACAUGGGUUGGGAUCAUUACACUGGAUGAUGAUAAAGGAGAAAAUUUUGUGGGAGACUUGAUGCCAAGACUUUCACAGAAUGGUAUCUGUACAGCAUUCACUGACAAGAUGCCUCCUCUGACAGACUUCUCUGAAAUGCAUGAAGUGUACAUGAAGGCAGAGAAUAUGUUUUAUCUUUUCAAAAACAACUCAGUCAAUGCACUUGUUGUAUAUGCAGAAACUCACUCCACAUUGGGUUUGAAAUACAUGCUAGUACAAGCGGAUUAUACAGCAGAGUCUCUAGGCAGAGUUUGGAUUCUGACAGCGCAGUGGGACUUCCCAGCACUGCAGUUUCAUAGGAACUGGGACUUAGAAGUCUUCCAAGGAGCCUUGUCUUUUGCAGUUCACUCCACUGAGAUUCAUCCUUUCCUGAAGAGAAUCUCAUUUAACAACAGUGCUGGGGACCAGUUGUCUUUGGAUGACAAAGGUGAAUUAGAAAGUGGAUUUGAUAUUAUAAAUUGGGUUACUUUCCCUAACAAAUCUUUUUCAAGGGUGAAAGUGGGAAGUAUGGAUCCAUGGGCUUUUACAGGCACAGAGUUCAUGAUUAGUGAGGAGAUCAUCACAUGGCACAGCAAGUUUAAGCAGAUGACACCCUCUUCAGUGUGCAAUGACAAAUGCAGCCCAGGUUCUAUUAGGAAAAAGAAAGAUGGGGAACCAUUCUGUUGCUAUGAUUGCGAUCCAUGUCCAGAAGAGAUGAUUUCUGUGGCCUUGGACAUGGACAAGUGCAUCAGAUGUCCAGCAGAUCAGUAUCCAAAUAAACACCAAGAUGGAUGCCUUCCCAAACUUUUAAACUUUCUGGCUUAUGAGGAAACUUUGAGCAUCAUUUUAGCUUUCUUGGCACUUUCGUUUUCUGUGAUCACAGCUUUGGUACUCAGGAUAUUCAUUAAAUACAAAAACACCCCCAUUGUCAAAGCCAACAAUCGAAGUCUCACCUACACUCUGCUGGUCUCUCUCCUGCUCUGCUUCCUCUGUUCAUUGCUGUUCAUUGGGAGACCUCAGAGGGCAACCUGCCUGCUACGACAAACAACCUUUGGCAUCAUCUUCUCCGUGGCUGUUUCUUCUGUGUUGGCAAAAACGACCACUGUGGUUUUGGCAUUCAUGGCUACAAGGCCAGGAUCCAGAGUAAGGAACUGGGUGGGGAAAAAACUGGCAACUUCAAUUGUUCUCUCCUGUUCUCUCAUUCAGGGAGCCAUUUGUACUGUAUGGCUCUGUACUGCUCCUCCUUUCCCAGAUUUGGACAUGGACUCCCUAUCUAAAGAAAUUGUGGCUGAAUGUAACGAAGGGUCUGCCUCUAUGUUUUACUAUGUUCUGGGAUACAUGGGAUUCCUGGCUCUUGUCAGCUUCAUUGUGGCUUUCUUUGCGAGGACAUUGCCCAGCACUUUUAAUGAGGCGAAAUUCAUCACUUUCAGCAUGUUGGUGUUUUGCAGUGUGUGGGUCUCUUUUGUGCCAACUUACCUGAGCACAAAGGGAAAAUACAUGGUGGUGGUUGAGAUCUUCUCCAUCUUGGCUUCAAGUGUUGGAUUGUUGGGUUGUAUCUUUUUCCCCAAAUGUUAUAUAAUUGCUCUAAGGCCUGAGCUGAACAGCAAGGAACACUUAACAAGGAGAAAUAACUAA